CAUCUUCCAUCAUCGUCAAGAUGGCACAUGUGGUAGACGCAUUGGAUGCUCCAUCCAGCUAUCGUGAUUCGAGAAGUACACAAAGUAAAUGGGAACAACAACAAGCAUUAGAAAGUACGGCAACUUUGUAUAUCGGUAAUUUGAGCUUUUUUACAACAGAAGAACAAAUGUACGAAUUAUUUAGUAGAGUCGCCGAUCCAGGUAAAGGAGGAGGAAUAAGACGUAUCAUUAUGGGUUUAGAUAGAAAUCAAAAAACUCCUUGUGGUUUUGCAUUUGUUGAAUUUUAUACACAUGCAGAAGCAGUCGAUUGUAUGCGCUUGGUGUCAGGUACAAAAUUGGACGAACGUAUCAUUCGUUGUGAUUUGGAUCCAGGCUACAAGGAAGGUAGGCAAUACGGUCGUGGAAGAUCAGGUGGACAGGUUCGUGAUGAGUACAGACAAGAAUUUGAUGCAGGAAGAGGUGGAUGGGGACAUAUUCGGUUACGUGAAGAAGAGGAGAGAAAGAUUGCAGAAGAGAUGGAGAACAGGCGACGCAGGCAACACGAAGAAGUUUAUCUCAGUCAAGAAAGAGAACAAGGUGGUCGUGUUGUGCCAACAGGAGCAGAAGGUGUUUAUGUUGAAAGAGAAGCAUGGGAGCGGACAGGCACGGGUGCUGGCCUUGGCAAUGGUCAAGCCGAUCCUCAACAGCCUCCCAAGAGACAGAGAGACGAUGAUGACGAAGGAGAUGAGAGUUAUAAAAAUCCUCGCUUCCGCGAAGACAGAGAAGACGACGAAUGAUCGGUCGUUUGCUUCACAACCCACAACAUUGUACAAUAUUAUUACAUUUACAGCAAUCAAUUCUAGUGCACAUUUGUCACCAC